CCAACAAAUUGCACUAGUGUCGGGGAUCCGCUGGCUUGUGCAUCAGACGUCUGCGAAUCUAACACUUGUGGUUUAACUGGAGCAGCAGUGCCAAGCAGACAGCCCAGCCCAACCCAUUCUUCCCUUUAUAAGCUGCGGACAUCUGAAAAGUGGAAGGUGAUAGCACGCAGAAAAUCUCUGUAAGGUUCCUCGGGUUGUUGGUUUGUUUAACAGGUUCACAAUGACAAGGUCUUCCCUCUAUGCUCUGCUGGUGCUGAUGUGUGUAAUGUUCACCUACUGUUCUGCUCAGAUGAGCAGCUGCACUGGGAGGUGUGGGGAGUCCUACUACAGGGGUUACCUGUGUCACUGUGACUACGAUUGCCUCACUCACGAGGAGUGCUGUCAAGACUAUGAGGCCAAAUGCACCACCAGUGGCUCAUGUAAAGGACGGUGUUCAGAGUCCUUUAAACGGGGCAGGGAGUGUGACUGCGAUCCCGACUGUGACCAAUUCAACAAGUGCUGCCCUGACCACAAAGAGUUCUGCAGCCCAGAGGAAGCCGCAAAAAAGCCAGCAAAUGCCGCAGCCGUGGGGCCUAACCCAUGCAUAAACGCUCACGCUAGCAAACCUGCAGAUCCUCCCAUGCCACAGGAUCCUGCCCCGAGUGAGAGUGAAGAUGAGAAUGAAGGCAUCAAUGGUGAACUAGACACUCCAGAAGAGCCUCCUCUGCCUGAGGGCACAAGCGGGUAUGAGCCCCCGGCAACCACAGUUUCUGAGUCACCUGUACCAACAAUCGCCGUGGGGACACCCAUGGCCACCGUGGCUGAUGAUGCUGAGGCCGUGCUGGAGGCAGAGCUGGAGGGAGAGGGCCUGAGUCUGGACGACCCCACCCCCAGCCCAACUGAGGACACCCCGCCCGCUGUCCCAGACCCCACAAGCGUCCCCUCUGCUUCUCCUGCCAGCCAGACUCCCAGCACAAAAAACCCAGACACUACACAGACUAAGGGGACUGUGGCACCGGCAGACUCCCUGGUCACUACUCCGGCCUCUACCCCCCCCUCAGAAGAAGGCAACAGUACAGCCUCCACAGAGGCCCCUGCCAAUGACCUGGCAACGACUGCCCCCCCGAAGGCAGAUGAUCCCUCCAAUGACCUGGCAACCACUGCCCCCCCAGAGGUAGAGGAUUCUUCUAAUGACCUGGCAACCACUGGUCCCCCAAAGGCAGAGGAUCCCUCCAAUGACCUGGCAACCACUGCCCCCCCGAAGGCACAGGAUCCCUCCAAUGACCUGACAACCACUGCCCCCCAGAAGGCACAGGAUCCCUCCAAUGACCUGGCAACCACUGCCACCCCGAAGGCACAGGAUGCCUCAGAGAACGCUGGGACCCCAUCAGCAAAACCGACAGAAGCACAGGAUGUGAUCACGACCAAACAUCCACUCACUGCCAGUGUGACCAUGCCCUCAGCCACUCAAGACCCUGCAGCCACCCCUAUCCCCUCAGAGAUAACAGAUAAGCCCUUGGAAAUGACCUCUAAGCCUCUGGAAACAACUGCUAAGCCAGAGGAGAAGAUCACCAAGGGUCCCAAAGUGACUCCCCUUCCCAGUAAACCAACCAAGAAGCCUGAAAAGCCUGGAAUAGACAACACCAAAGACUACCAAUCAGACGACAGCAAUGACACCGACCUCUGCAGUGGUCGCCCCGUAAAUGGUCUGACCACACUGAAAAACGGGACAACUGCGGUUUUCCGAGGCCAUUACUUCUGGAUGCUGGAUGCCAGGAAAGUUCCAGGUCCAGCGCGGGGCAUCACAGACGUAUGGGGAAUCCCCACGCCCAUAGACACUGUCUUCACCCGCUGCAACUGCCAGGGAAAGACAUACUUCCUGAAGGAUCGUUCCUACUGGCGCUUUGAAAAUGAUGUAAUGGACCCUGGAUACCCCAAGGCUACCCGCACAGGUUUUGACGGUCUGUCAGGUCACAUCACAGCAGCCCUGUCUGUGCCUGCCUACAUGAAGCGGAGGGAAUCAGUGUACUUCUUCAAGAGAGGUGGCCGGGUGCAGAAAUAUUCAUAUGACCCUAAAAAGGCUCCCAAAUGUGGGAGCCAGCCCAGCCCGAGGGUCCACUAUGCCGUGCACUCCAGGAGGACCAGACAAACAGAAACCUACCUGGGCAGGGAGCUGAACAUCAAGGUGAGCUGGAAGGGCUUCCCCACAACAGUGACCUCAGCCGUGUCCACACCCUCCAGACUGGCAGCGGACGGCUACAACUACCACAUCUUCUCUCGCACACGCCACUACAGCAUAAAGGUUGACGCGGAGAGGCCAACUUUGACCACGCCAGUGCAAGCCACUCCGGCUCAGAGCCCCCCCAAGAGCUACUUCAACUGCCCCGAAAAAACCAAGGCCUGAGAGGACCAGAGACUGAGAAGGGGCAUAACACAAGCCCACACACACCCCUAUAUCUACACACCCAUCUUAACACUCACACAGACCAAAUACGGACAUAUACUAGUUCUGUAAAAAAUCAUUCUUUAUUUUAGAUUUUCAUUGAUUACAACUGCUGCUGACAAACACGCGCACAAAAACAAUCCUCUGCAAUAGAAGGGAAUAAAAUAAAAACACCAAAACAAAAAAACAAGCACACAUCACAGGAUUGAUGUUACGUGGAACUGUAGUUCUAAGAUUCUACUGGAGGUUGAAUUAGCGAUGCUGCACUGGAAACGGCCUUACUUCAUGGAGCGAUCUCGGAAUCCCAUGCCUGAGAAGAAGAGAUGGACGAUCAGAUAACAGACAACAUUAAAUGCUUCAGCCUCAAUGCCUCCUAUGUGCCACACUGAGAGUCAGAUUCUGUACAUUUGACUAUAAAAUGUUUUGUAUGUAUCUUAAAACUUUUUGAAAAUAAAUGAAUUGAAUCAGA